GUCAUUUGUACCAAUAUUAUAUUUCAAUCUUCCUAUUUCCUUCAUCAUGGCUAUCAAAAACGUGAUUUUUGCUGUAGCGACUGUAUGUAUUGUGGUUUCGGUAAAUGCUCAGCUACCAUUUCCAUUCCAACCGAGUUCUCGUAUACCAGGAUUUCCUGAUAUAACAAAAUGUUGGUCAACGUUGAUGGAUAUUCCUGGAUGCAUUGCUGAGAUUUCUCGAUCCAUAAUCACCGAAAAGUUUGGUAGCAUAGGUCCAGCUUGCUGCAAGGAAUUUUUGGAAGUCGAAGCUAAUUGCAUCCCAAAAAUUCCGAUUAAGCCAUUUUUCCCUCCUAUGUUGAAGGAACAAUGCUCAAGAAUUGCUGGUGCAGUUCCUCCUACCACAAAGUAG